AUGUCGGCACCUAUGCGCGAGGUAUACCUCGCGCCGGACUUUGAUGCGACGUCGCUCAAGGUCCCGCAGUUGAGGUCCAUCCUCGUCGAGCACAGCGUCUACUUUCCAUCCACAUCCAAGAAGGCCGACCUCGUGGCCCUGUUCACAACCCAGGUCAAGCCCCGUGGUCCCGAGAUUCUUGCCGCCCACGCCCGCGUCAAGCCCUCCGGCCACGGUAUCAUUGCUGUCAGCGACAACGGCGAUGAGACGCCCCUUAUUGUUCCUCCCACCCCUUCUGGCGUAAAGCGCGGCCGUGGUCGUCCCAAGAAGAGUGUCGUCCCUGGCCCCAUCGAGCAGGAUGUCAUUGAUGAGCACGAGGCUGCACCCGCACCACCGGCCAAGAAGGCCAGGUCGAGGCGACAGACAUCCGAGGUGCCCGGCCCCACCGUCGAGGCUACGCCCAGGAAGCCCCGUGCGAGCGCUGCUCCGCGGGCCAAGACCACCUCCAAAAAGCCAAAGCAAGAGGUCGAGGUCAUUAUCGAGCCGACCUCGCCCAGCAGGCGUGCCGCCAUCCCCUCUGCAGCCAGCGUGGCCCCGUCGUUGUCGUCGGCAGUCCCCCCCUCGUCGUCUCGUCGCAAGACGGUGCGUCCGUCCCAGUCGACCGAUAUUCUCACGCCGCCGACUCCCUCGACCGGUUUGCCCACGGCCCCACUCCCGCCUGCUCUCGGCGUACCCGAGUCUGUCCGCACCGCUGGUCGCAAGUCGCGCACGAGCUUUGCGCCUGCUCCUAUCAAGGAGGACGACAGCAGCGACGUCGAGCCGUCGCCCAAGCGCAAGCCUCGAUACUCGUCUGAUGUGGACGAGUCUGGGUUCUCCGACUUCAACCCCUUCCAGGCUGGCAGCGAGCAGGCGGCUGAGAAGGAGCGCAGGCGCCGCAAGUCGUCUCUCGGUCUUGGUGAGGGCAAACGCCGUGCGCCCCGCCCCAGCGAGUGGACUGCCACUAGCGCACCUACUGCGUCGAUCCUCCGUCGCGUGGGUCCCAGCACCGAGAACCUCCGUUCGCCACCCGACGCGGUGCGCGAUGCGAUGCGCCAGCAGGUCCAGAUUGCCGACGAGUACAACCGUGUCAUAGAGACCAAGAUGGGCGAGAUUACUACAUCUCAGAACCUUCCUGCCGACAAUGAGCACAUUGUGGUGACGACGCGCCAGAGCAAGGCGAUCAUCCGUCGCAAGCCCAAGCCCUCCGCCGUCUCGACACCGUCGGCUCUGUCGCUUAUCCUGCUCUCGCUCUUGCUUUUCGGCUUUGCGGGCCAAUACAAGUCCAUGUCCGCCGCCAACGGCUUCUGCGACCCGGGCUCGCUCACCAACGACGUCAUCCAGGACCGUGAGACGCCCAUCGCAAUCGCGCAGGAGUGUAUCGCGCGCCGCACCCAGGCCCGUCUCGAGAACGAGCAAGUUCCUCCUCUGGACUGUGACUUGUCUGCCCUGCCGCUCGUGCCCUUCAUGCCCCGCCCCACCGCGUGCACUCCCUGCCCGGCGUACGCAGAGUGUGCACACGGCGAGGCCAAGUCCUGCAUUCCCGAGUACAUUCUCUCGCAGCACCCGCUCGCACCUCUCGCUCCGCUCUUUGACGGCUGGCCAGGCCUCAAGUCGCGCGUCUUCCCUCCCACUUGCAAGCCUGACACGGUGCUCUUGCGCCAGAUUGGCCAGCUUGCCCGGCAGAUUGAGCGCGAGCUCGCUGCUGGCCGUGGCGCUCUCGUCUGUGCCGGCAUGGACGGUGAGGGUUCCGGACAGGAGGUUGCCGAGCGUGUUGGAACCCGCGAGCAAGUUUUGCGUGACGCAUGGGCCGACCGUCGCGUCACCAAGCUCUCGCGCGAGCAGUUUGACGAAAUCUUUGAUGCGGCAAUCAAGGACCUCGAGGUUCACGGCGACAUUCUCACCACUACCACCGAGGACGGUACCGUCUACCUCGCGGCCGCACGCACCGACUUUACCCUCUCAUGCCGCACCAAGCUCAGGGCCAAGUCGCUCGUGUCCCGCUGGAAGUCUCAGCUGGCCUCUACCGCCGCCGUCAUUGUCGUCAUCUACCUUCUGAUGGCCAGCGCCGAGCAGAGGCGGAAGGAGCGCGCCCGCGCCCGCGAGCUGGUCGGAACCGUCCUCCGCCGCCUCCAGGACCAGGAGUACCUGCACUACCUCGACCCCGUCGUCACCCCGCAGCCGUACCUUCCUCCCGCACAGCUGCGCGACGUUGUCCUCCCAGCCUCAGAGAGCGCUGCGUCCCGCGCCCGUCUGUGGGCUCGCGUCGAGGGCGAGAUUGAGAAGAACGCCAACAUUGCCGUGCGCGAGCGGGAAGUCCGCGGCGACGUGUGGAAGACUUGGGAGUGGACCGGUGUGGGCAAUAGGCCCAUCGAGGGUUAG